UGGUGUUAUAUAAUAUGUGUAUUGACCAAUUAUGAAAUAUCUUCUCAAUAUACUUACUUGUGUUGAUUUAAUGGAGUAUUAUAUGCUGCCACCAUUCUUUCUUAUCUUCAUUCCAUUAUUGUUUCUCAUCAUUAAACAACUCAUACCAAAAUCUGUAAAUCUUCCACCAGGUCCUCGAUCAUGGCCUCUCUUAGGAAAUAUUCUCCAAAUUGGGAAAAACCCUCAUAUUUCACUGGCAAAAUUUGCCCAAAUUCAUGGCCCAUUGAUUUCUGUCAAGCUGGGAACUCAACUGGUUGUGGUAGCUUCGUCCCCUGCUUCUGCAGCUGAAAUCCUCAAGACUCAAGAUCGUCUUCUAUCAGCCCGGUCUCCGCCCAGUGUUGCUCCAUAUGAACUCUCUGUUAUUAAUCAACACUCGAUUGUCUUUUCGAGUGAUUUGAGCAAUCACUGGAAGUUCUUGCGGGCAUUUUGUCGAACACAUCUCUUCUCACCCAAAGCGGUAGAGUCACAGACUGCUCUCAGGGAGAAAAAAGUAUCGGAAAUGAUACAUUUUCUUAGGUCCAAGAAAGGAGAAACUGUGAUGAUAUCUGAAAUUCUGUUUGGUACCAUUUUAAACACGUUAGGGAACCUUUUUUUCUCAAAAGAUUUAUGUGAUUUGGAUUAUGAAACAAAAACCAGUGAAACCAAACGUGUUUUUAGGAAAUUUAUAGAAUUGGGAGCUAUGCCAAAUAUAUCAGAAUUCUAUCCUUUAUUAGAGGCUCUGGAUUUGCAGGGAUUGAGUAAGCAGACGAAAAUGUAUCAGAAUCAAUUGAUCAACAUCUGGAGUGAUAUUGUAAAGGAAAAAAGACAGGCAAUUAACCGUCAUACCUCGGAUUUUUUGGAUGUCAUGAUUGAUAGUGGAUUCUCAGAUUUACAGAUCAAUAUCUUACUGACAGAAUUAAUGGGUGCAGGAUCUGACACCACAACCUCAACAAUUGAAUGGGCAAUGACUGAGUUGCUGAGGAACAAGGGCGCUAUGCACAAACUUCAGGCUGAGCUUACGAUUAAUUUCAGGGAAAAUGAUAUAAUCACAGAAUCAAACAUCACUGAACUUCCAUAUUUGGCUGCUUGUGUCAAGGAGACAUUGAGAAUCCAUUCGCCUACUCCCUUCUUGAUUCCUCGUCGUGCACCUGAGACGUGUAAGAUCAUGGAUUACACCAUCCCAAAGAACUCGAAAUUGUUUGUGAACGCUUGGGCAAUAGGGCGUGACUCAAACACUUGGGAAGAUGCAUUAUCUUUCAGGCCAGAGCGAUUUCUCAACACUAAUGUGGACUUCAGGGGUCAAGAUUUCGACUUCAUACCAUUUAGUGCAGGGAGAAGAAUAUGCCCUGGCUUAGGUUUUGCUAGACAAGAAAUUCAAUUGAUUUUAGCUAGUUUGAUCCAUCACUUUGAGUGGUCACUUCCAAAUGGUGAGGAUCCAAUGCAGUUAGAUAUGGAAGACAAGUUUGGUGUUACUAUACAGAAGGAGAAGCCUCUACUCAUUGUCCCUAUGUAAUAUGUAUAUCUUUUUUUUUUCUCUCUCCAUAUGCAACAUGUACCUUCACUUACAAAUAAAAACUAUACUAUUAUUCCUAUAUCAGGUGUGGAUGUAACUGAUUGUGAAAUGAGUGUAUUUAUGGUAUAUGUGGGAUGUAUAUAUGGUGUAUUUUUGUGA